AGAUUACACACACAAAGACACUUUGGCGUGCUUUAUACUUCCUAUGACCUUCGUUGUUUCGCAUUUUUCUUCUUCGUCAAGAAACUCAAUGGCAUCCGAACAAGUCCAUAGACCAUUAUUAUAAUUUUUUAAAAUUGCAUAGCACUUGCUCUUCCAGUUCAUAGAAUUCGAAACUCACAGAUUCAAAUCAAAGAAGAAGACGACGACGACAAAGAGUAAUUAUGGUCCUCCCUGUUUUAAAGCUCGGAAUACUCGCUGUGAGAACUGUCAGCAAACCCAUCGCUAAUCGCCUCAAAGAACAGGCUGGCUUCCACCCCAAGUUCCGUCGUUUGAUCAUUAGCAUCGCCCAGGCGAACCAUCGGCUCACGACAACAAUGCAAAGACGCAUCUAUGGACAUGCAACAGAUGUUGAGAUCCGCCCUUUAAAUGAGGUGAAAGCUGUUCAAGCUGCUGUGGACCUUCUUGGAGAACUCUUUGUCUUCUCGGUUGCUGGAGCUGUUGUUAUCUUUGAAGUGCAAAGAAACGCUAGAGCAGAAGCCAAAAAGGAGGACAAAUUGAAGCAAGAACUGGAGGCAAUGAGACAGAGAGAUGAAGAGCUGGCAAGAGAGGUGGUGCUUCUGAAGCAGAAACUUAUAGAGCUUGAAUACCUUGCCAGGGGACGAGGACUGGCCGGUUUUUUCAGCUUCAGACGUACUCAAGCUGAAGAUACCAAGCCAGUAAAGCAGGCUUGAAACAGCCACAAGAUUUUAAACCCAAAUAAUGCAUUUACUAUUUGGGUAAUGCAAAUAGUUAUUGAUUCACUGUUGCUGAUUUACCAAACUCUUCACGGGGAAAGUUUUUGUCUACUUUCUUUUACCUUUGUUGCCCUUGGCAAUUGAUAUAGUUUUCCCCGUUUUAUUUAUUAAAACAAGCAAAUCCAAAUUGAGGUCGUGCUUCUUUUUACGGAAAAUAAAAAGAAUGAGGAAGUUAUAGUGGUUUUGAUUCAUGACUGAGAUACAUAUGAGUUUGGGAUUGUUAUUUUUUGAAUUUUAGAUAAGAAUGACAACACAGAUUAUUUGAUAGUA